UUUUCAGGGAAGCGAAAGUGAAACCGCUGUAGCCUACCUUUUUAACGCCCCUGUGAGAAACCGCCAGAAGAACUCAAAACUAUUACCGACGUAGUCUUUACAUUCAUGCUUAGGAAACUUUAUCAAAAAAUGCCGCUAAAAACAAUUGGUAAAAUGCUUCAAUGGAUUUACCGUCGUACAUUUCCUUAUGUGAAUGUAAUCUGGAUUUGUUUACUAUUUGUCCCAAGACGUUUGUUUGAGGCCAUCACCGGGGCUUUAUCAGAGGACACUGACCAUGAUUGCAAAGAAACAAACGAUCAGCUUGACGUCGCAUGCUCUACAACAAGAAAUGACAAUUACCAAAUCGAAGAAACUGAUGAGUUCUACUGUGAGUAUGACUCAACUUGGGAGACAAACUCAAGCGGAACCAUAGAGACCAGUCGUCAAAUAAGGCAUCACCGAUCAUUUAGGUUUAACCGUUUCAGAGCGGCAUCUAGAGAUAUGCAAAACUACAGACAUGAUUAUCCAGAACAGAACACAGGGAAUCAUCAACAAGAGAAUGCGACUCCAAAUUUAGAUUUCUACCUGGGAAAGAGGUGUUCCCUCCCAGAUGAAUUUACCAUCGAGGAGGUUCAUAACUACUGGUUUGGAGAUUACCAACGACUGGAAAGAGUUCACUCCUUCAUUCAAUGGUUGUUUCCACUUCAAGAACCAGGGAUGAAUUGGCAAGCCAUUGAACUUACCAAGAAGGAAAUUCAGGCUUUUAGGAAAAAUCCGAAAGCAAAGAAAAAUCUACUUGAAUCGUACAAGCUUAUGUUGGAUUUCUAUGGUUUAGAACUAUCAAAUGAGACAACCGGGGAGGUCAAGAAAUCACUCAAGUGGCAAGAGAGAUUCAAAAACCUUAACAGAAACACACACAACAACCUGCGCAUUACCAGAAUCCUCAAGUGUCUGGGUACUCUGGGGUACAGCCACUACCAGGCUCCUCUCGUCCACUUCUUCCUGAAGGAGACACUGGUCCAUCAUCAUCUUCCUGAUGUCAAGGAGAGUGUGCUAAGCUACUUCCUGUUCACAGUCCUCGAUAAGUUCAAGCGUAGGGAAUUAAUUCAGUAUGCUUAUGAACACUUUGAUGAAAGUGAGUUUGUUUGGUGCCCCAAAAAGAUCCAGAUGGAAUGGAGUAAGGGAAAGGAAAACAGAUCUGUUGCCGUGUGUAAUCAAAAGACUGAAGAAAGUAGACAACCAGAAGCUGACUAUUCAGAUGAUGACAAGACAGACCAUGUGACCCAAGCAAGUACAGUUUAUCAAAAAAGUCACCCAAGCAGACAGCCAGCAUUGGACUAUUCAGCUGAUGAGGAAGAGAAUAAUGAAGAUCAAGCUAAUGUAAACUUCAAGCAAGCAAGUACCGUUUAUCAAACAAGUCACCCAAGCAGACAGCCAGCAGGGGACUAUUUAAGUGAUGACAAAGAGAAUAAUGAAGAUCAAGCUAAGGGAGACCAUGGACAUUCACCUAACAACACAGACAGACCAGGUACCAAAGUGAUUUUAAGUGCCUCAUCUACCGACAACAAUGGCCAAAACACUGCUGGUAAAUAUACAGACUUGUCAACCAAUUUGGAUGCAAAACAAGCAAGUAAAUAUGAACAUAGUAGUGGACAGGAGCAUUCACCUGGGAACCACUCAAUAGAUCCAUCAGACUUCAAUGUGAAUCCAAGUGCCUCAUCUACCAUCAACAGUGGCCAGAAGACUGAGGGUGAAAAGCCAGAUGAGUCACAUGCUGACAUACUGAACCACGUACAGACGAUCCAGAGUAACCCAAGCGUCCAAGAUUCAAAUAUAGAGAGGAGCAAUUCUGAAAUGCAGUUGAUCACGGCUUCUAGUCAGCCUGAUGAGAGAGGUGAGCUGCACUAAAGGAUCUGCUGAGACUCUCACUGUCGAGAUCUCCCACUGAAGAAAACAUGUUCUACGAGGUCUGUC